CUUUAAGCUGUCUCCUCUAUAAAAGCUGAUGGGAUUUUUAAAAAAUUCUUAGAUCGCUAUAAAGGUUGAUCGACUAUAGUGGAACUUGUAGUUUUCGGUCCGGGCUUUUCUAUCGGGUGUCGUCGAUAUCGAUAUUACUUAAAUUAUAAUAAAAAUACCGUGAGUGAUAUAUUUAAAGAAUGUCUUACUUGGGCGGAAAUACCUCGGAUAUCGAACUGGAAAAAAGUGAGUUUCAACGUAAUCGACCACAAUCGAGCCUGAUCAGUAAAAUGGCUGCUCACAAAUUAUCCUCGGAGCCAAAGUGGACGGAUAAACGCGACGAGGAUACCGACUCUGAAGUUUCAAUGAAUGAUAAUUUCUUGGCUAAAGGAGCGUUUUUGUUGACACCAUCUUACGAAUUAUCCAUGGAACGUGCUGCUAUGAUAUGUGAAAAGAUGACUUUUAAAGGAUGUUUUAGUUUGACAAAAACUGCAACGGGUAUCCUUUUUAAGUUCUCACAUCCCGAAGAUUAUCAAUCGAUAUUUAAGAAAGGAUUUCAUAAAGUCACCGGAGCCAGAUUUUAUCGAAAAAGUUCUUAUUCCAGAAGUAUAGCAAUACCUUGUCGACCACGAAAAACGUUUACUUUAUACGUUUUGGAUGUUCCUGAGGAUUUACCAGUCGAAGAUAUAAGGCAUUCUCUCUAUCGCUUCGAUUCCGUAGUCGAAGUUGUUCGGAUACAUGUUCAUCAUUCAUCGUCGACUCCACCUGAAAAAGAUCCGGAAGGCAAGUGAUCCAAUGCCACACCUAAGCCUGAAAUAAGUGCGACCGGUGAAAAAGUCGAACGUCACAAACGAGAAUUGGCACCCGCAGUCAUCCGUGUCACUCUGGCUUCUAUGGAUGAAUAUAAUAUAUUGCUACAGAACGGCUUGAAUUUCUAUGAUGCCACCUUCUUCCCAACUGAAGCUAAUAUUCCCCUAAAAGGCGCAAAAAUUGAAUACAAGCGAAGAAUGUUAGAUGGAAGCAUUCCUGGGCGUGUCCGUGAAUUACUUCCGGUAUUCGAUGCGGCUGGCUUCUGCAAGAUACCUCCACCAUCAAGCAAACUUAUAAAGCCACCAAGGUCAUGAGUGGCGCGCAACAAUCAUCCCAUGUCUAGUGCCUAAUGAUGUCUUACCCCCACGCAACCCAUUACUUAAUACCAAAAUAGGGGUGCCUCUAGUAAACAAUAUAAUAUAAUUACUAUUAAAACCUACUAAUCUACUACUUUCACACAAAAUUAAUUAAUUUAAUUUAAAAUGAAUGUAAAAUUUAUCUAAAUUAUUAAUUCGCAUUGUUUUCAAAUAUGGAAACUAAAUUAAUUGGUUUGAAACGGACGGAAGAAUAAAUAAAUUGUUUUGUUGUUUCGAAGUUUAUGUUCUA